CAGAUCUGCAUGUAGAAGAGUUCAGAGCUUCCAGGAAGUCGCAAGAGAAAAACGCCGUCGCUUGACAGAGCUGCAGCUCAGAAGUGCAUGGGAUGUCACGGACGCCAGGCCUCUCUCCACCAUGAUCAACACUUACCAGACCAGCCUGGCCCCACCGCCAGUGCCUCCUCGCCUCAGCAGGUCCCACCCGGUCCUCAUCCCAGCUCCGCUUCCAUCACAAGGCCACAGCAAGUCUCUCAUCCGGUUUUUGGUUGGAGUAGUGUUGCUGCAUCUAUUCCUGUCGGUUGGAGGAUUCAUCUAUCUGUACCACAAUGACAAAAUGGAAAAAAUGUAUUCAGCUGAAGGAAAAGCCUAUCUGUCAUCAGAAAAGCAGGAAACCUCCUAUAAAACCUUGGCACGCAUGACAGUCGCAGAAACGUCGACCCCUACAUCGGGUUAUCUCACGUGGAACAUGAACCACUCAGUUCGCAGGGGCAUCAACUACUACCACAAAAGCUGGCUGACUAUCCUGCAACCCGGUGACUACUACGUCUACUCCAGGGUGACCUUCUCCAAGGGCGACUCAAAGCGCCCCCAGGCCAGCUGGGUCAAGCUGAGGAAGAACGAGACAGCGGGGGAGAAGACUGUGAUGCAGGCCUACUGCAGCCUGGACAGCCACAGUGGGUCUGCGUCGAUCCCUCGCCUGUGCACAGCCACGCAGGGAGAGGUGAUCACGCUGGAGAAGGGAAACCAGCUCAGUGUCUGGGUACCAGACCUUUCGCAGGUGAACUACGAGGAAGGAGCAACGACCUUUGGGAUGUACAAACUGUAGGACUCCUCUAUGAGCGUACGCAUGGACCUGUAACUGAAGAGCGGGGGACUCAUUGAGUGGAUGGAAGCUACUGAGAACACUGUUAAAUAGACUGGAUCAAUAAUCAAACUAAUUAUUUCUGAUCUCUUCUGUGGAUUUCAGAGACAAAGACCACAUUCCUAAACUAUAAUUUAUUAAAUCAGUUUUAAUGUAGAAUGUCUGUAUUUAUUGAUGUAAAUGGCUGUGAAAUGAAACUUUGAUAUUUAAUCUAAAUCAUUUCUUCUUUCUUUCUUUUGCGUGUUUGUAGACUAAAAAUUAAAUUAGACUAAAAUUUCCAAACUAAGCACUACACAUUUG